AUGGCCUACAACGAGCUUUACCAGUAUUCCGUCGUCUCGUCGCUCAUGGAGGGCAUUGGGGAAACGGGACUCCCGUAUAGCCAGCUCGUCAAACACGGCGACCAUGGGCUCGGCACAUUUCGUCGGAUGGCCGGCGAGAUGAUCUGCCUGGACAAUGAAGUCUACCAGAUGAAGUCCGAUGGCUCCAUUGUCACUAUUGACACCUCGAAUGGUACUGACGUAGCUCCUUUCGCCAUGGUUACGCGCUUUCAACCCUCUGUCACCGCCAAGAUUGCGUUCGAUAGCAAGCAUGGCCUCUCCGAUGUCAUGUCCAAUCUGUUCCCAAAGACCAAGAAUCGCUACCUGUCAUUCCGAAUAGACGGCCUUUUCCAGUCAGUUGCAGUGCGAACCGCAGACGGCCAGCGGUAUGAACACGAGAAGCUCAGAGAGCUACACAAGCGCCAAACGACAAACGAGUUUACCAAUGUGCGGGGCAGUCUCAUUGGAUUCCGAUCGCCGGAAUUUUUGCAAGGCGUCAGUGUGGCGGGCGAUCAUUUACACUUCAUUACCGACGAACGAGACCGAGGCGGCCAUGUGCUGGAUUGCAAAUCUGAGGGCGAAGUCCAAUUCUCCGGCUCGAUACUCAGUGCCGUGCAUCUGCAGCUCCCCGACGACGAUGAAUACAACGAAGCAGAGCUCAACCUUGAUGCUGACGGGAUACGCAAGGUGGAGGGCUGAUUGGGUCUUGACUGUUACAAAAUGCUAGCGACAGUGACUGGCUGGGAAAUGCUCCUUGAAUGGUAUACCUGAUUGAAAGGGUUGAACAUCACCAUCCCACCAGCUUUGUCUCCCUUUCAAUUACCGUGUUGUGAAUUGCAAUCUGGUCUCUCCCUU